GUUUUCUCGCCCCUCUCCUCGACACUGCUGCGCUGACUUCCGUGUCCUGAAAGUCUCCCAGAGAUCUUCACACCACCACCCCGGAAACCGACCCCCGAAGACGACCGGAUGGGAAACCGCGGCUCCCGGCCCUUCUCCUCCAACCGCCCCGAUGACUCCGGCCGCGGCGGAUCCGACCGCCCUCCCCCUACCACUCCCCCUCCCCGAACCCACCAUACCGCCGCCUCCGCCGGCGGCGACGGGCCUAAACCCGUCUGGCCCCGCCCGGCAGCGUCCAUCCCCCGCCCUCUCACUCCCAAGGUCGGUCGCGUCCUUGGCCGCCCCAUGGAGGACGUCCGGGCUUUCUACACCUUUGGCCGCGAGCUCGGCCGCGGCCAGUUCGGCGUCACCUACCUGGUGACUCGCAAGGAGACCGGCGAGCGCCUUGCCUGCAAGUCCAUCGCCACGAGGAAGUUGAUCCACCGCGACGACAUCGAGGACGUCCGGCGGGAGGUCCAGAUCAUGCACCACCUCACUGGCCACCGGAACAUCGUCGAGCUCAAGGCGGCGUACGAGGACCGGCACUCCGUGAAUUUGGUGAUGGAGCUCUGCGAGGGCGGGGAGCUCUUUGACAGGAUCAUCGCCAAGGGGCACUACUCGGAGCGAGCAGCCGCCGCGCUCUGCCGCGAGAUCGUGACCGUCGUCCACAUCUGCCACUCCAUGGGGGUGAUGCAUCGGGAUCUUAAGCCGGAGAACUUCUUGUUCUUGAACAAGGGGGAGGAUUCGCCGCUCAAGGCCACCGAUUUCGGGCUCUCCGUCUUCUUUAAGUCCGGAGAAGUAUUCAAAGAUCUUGUUGGGAGUGCAUAUUAUGUAGCUCCUGAAGUAUUGCGGCAGAAUUAUGGACCAGAGGCUGAUAUUUGGAGUGCUGGAGUGAUACUAUACAUUCUUCUCUCUGGUGUUCCUCCUUUUUGGGCAGAGAAUGAACAGGGCAUAUUUGAUGCUGUUUUACGUGGGCAUAUUGAUUUCUCAUCUGAUCCUUGGCCUUCUAUAUCUAGUGGUGCAAAGGAACUAGUCAAGAAGAUGCUAAGGCAAGAUCCGAAUGAACGGCUCACUGCAGGUCAAAUCCUGAAUCAUCCAUGGAUCAGAGAAGAUGGGGAAGCCUCUGAUAAACCACUUGACAUCACAGUUUUAACUAGAAUGAAACAGUUCAGGGCCAUGAACAAGCUCAAGAAAGUAGCCUUGAAGGUAAUCGCAGAAAACCUGUCAGAGGAAGAAAUUAUGGGUUUAAAAGAAAUGUUCAGAUCUAUGGACACUGAUAACAGUGGGACAAUUACUUUUGAAGAACUAAAAGCUGGUCUACCCAAACUUGGUACCAAGAUUUCUGAAUCUGAAGUUAGGCAGCUGAUGGAAGCGGCUGAUGUGGAUGGAAAUGGGGCCAUUGAUUAUAUUGAAUUUAUAACAGCUACAAUGCACAUGAAUAGAGUGGAAAAGGAAGACCAUUUGUAUAAGGCAUUUGAAUAUUUUGAUAAAGACAAGAGCGGGUACAUCACAGUGGAGGAACUUGAGCAAGCUCUUAGGAAGUACAAUAUGGGUGAUGAUAAAACAAUAAAAGAGAUCAUUGCAGAAGUAGAUACAGAUCAUGAUGGAAAAAUUAACUAUGAGGAGUUUGCGGCCAUGAUGAGGAAAGACAGCCCAGCGAUAGUUCCAAACCGGCGCUUUAAAUGAGAGUUGCCUUGUUCAUGGCCCAGAUUAAGCAAGUCGGAGGUUUGAUUCUCUAACUCCUGCACAAAAGGAACACAACCGAAACUCUUGAUUCAUUUCCAGGGAUGGAUUUAAGUAAUGGCUGCAAUUUCUGGGUGUUUAGCCUCCUGUAAAUCAAGCAGUCCAAACACAAGACACUAAUUCCAGCAUUUUGUGUGAUUUUUACUGAUGCCUUGUUGAUUUUGGUGCUUUGCUAUAACCCUCUUCAUGUGUAACUGUGAUUGAAGGUCAUUACCCUAUUUUCUUGUUUUAUCUUCUUUGAACAGACUGGUUCUGCUUGCACCUUUAUGGGAGAAAUUGGUUCUUCUUUUGGCCUUUUCUCA